GUCUAUUUCAAGAUAUAUUCGACACAGAAACAACAAACUCAUCUCGUUCACAGUAGUGAUACCACUCAAAGGCUACUGUCAUGCCUGGUGCCAUGUCGUUAGCUGACCUUCCAUGCGAAAUCAUUCGUAUGGUCGCCAGAACCAUCUACGAUCCUCUCAAAAUAACUCAAAAAGACCGCCUCACCUGGGGCAUAUUCUCUACUGUAGAUAUGGAUCGGGAUCGACAGAACAGUCUUAAUGCCUUGAUAGCGCUUGGUAUGACUUGCCGAAAGAUCCGCCGAGAGGUCAAGGGCAUUUUAUUUACUUGCGUACGGGUCCAUGAUCAGGAUAAGGGUGUCGAAUUGAUCGAACACAGAGAUACUUGGGGUAUAUAUGUCAGGAGCAUCAUUAUCGACCUUUCAAUAUUCGACAAUACUUCUGACCAAUUCAUCAAACAAAACAAAAUGGUCGGGACCGUUCGGCCUAGGUCAUGCUGGUCUGAAUCGACGUUCUUAGAGACCCUUAUCAAUUCUCUUCCACAGCUCGAGCAUUUAUGCUUCUUUGCGGAUGUAUCCGACGAACCCACGCUUGUCCUGCUCUUCUCCAAACUGAUCCCAACCCCGCCAUCUUACAUCUCCCCCCCAACGCCAACUUCCCUCGACUCACCAACUUCUCACCUCCACCAUGCUCCUACAAAACACAUCCACAAACCAUUCGCCCAACGUCUCAGAUCAUUCAGCUGGAGACUCCGAGCACCCCCGCCCAGUUCAUUCCGUGAAUUCGCUCGUUCAUCUACAUUCGUAUCCAUCCACCACCUCAUACGACAUACACCCAACCUCGACUUUCUCGUCCUUGAUGCAGAUAUGGACUAUACAGCCAGUCCAGAUAUACUGGCUGUCCUUGAACAGAUGGCACAGCGGGAUAAAUGGGCGGAGAGUAAGCCACCAAAGUUGAGUUUGAUGCUUUGCGGACCGAUCCUUGGUUGGGGAGAUUUAUUCUUGCAAGAUCUGGUGAAGGUUUAUAGCAACAUCAAAGAAUUGUUCAUUGAUAGGCCAUUGACUUCUCCAUUGGUAUUGGAUCAAGUGGGUGCUCCCGAUUUCCUGGUUGGAGACCUCUUACCUCUUGCUCACCUCCCUCAUCUCCAAACCCUCCAAAUUGGAAGUUAUCAAAUACCCUCUGGCAAUAAACAACAGCAUAUCUUGCAUGUCACUCGUCUUUUAUCCAGAUAUAUACCCAGCUUACGCAUUUUUGGGGUGUUGGAUACAUCGGGGGAGACUGUAUGGGGAGGAAUAUGGCCCAAAACAUUGUGGAUGGCAGCAGGGACUGGGAUCGCAGACAAGAACAUGGGCGAAGAAGGGGAAGGGAAGAUGGAUAGAUGUUGGGGGGUGGAUGAGGAGACGGGGAAAUGGUUUAUUGGGCUGGAGGACGGGGAUUUAGAAGUGCUCGUGAAGGAUGAGUAG